CUUGCGUGAACUUUUUAAACUUUCUGCACUUGUUUUCGUGCUGUCACACACGAUGGGUUUGUUCAAUAAGAAGAAAAAAGAUGCUGGUCAAAACCAGUCAGUAACACUUAAAAAGGAAGUUUCUGUAUUACAAGGUGUCAGCAUUGUUGUUGGAGUGAUAAUUGGUUCUGGAAUUUUCGUAUCACCAGUUGGAGUUUUAACAUAUACUAAGUCUGUCGGAUUGUCUUUCAUUUUGUGGUCCGUGACAGGGCUAUUCAGCACUCUUGGCGCAAUUGUGUACGCCGAGUUAGGAGUCACGAUUCCUCGAUCCGGUGGAGAAUAUAUUUACAUCCUCCAGACAUUUGGACCCUUACCCGCCUUUCUUGCUUUUUGGAUCACAUUUGUAGUGAUCGGAUCUGCCAGUUGUGCUGCAAAUGGACUUAUCUUUGCAGAAUAUAUUCUCCGGCCAGCAUUCCUUAAUUGCAAUACUCCCACUUAUGCUGUUCGACUUGUUGCAGUUCUUGGGAUUCUAACACUUUGUUUCAUACACUGCUUUAGUGUUAAAUGGGCAACGAAAAUUGCAGUCGUCUUCACUACUUGCAAAGUAGCAGCUCUAUUGCUUAUUAUUGGGUUUGGCGGCUACUACCUAGCUAUAGGUAACACGGAGAGUUUUAAGAAUUCGUUCGAAGAUAGUGAAACGUCACCAGGAGCACUUGCACUGGCAUUUUAUCAAGGAUUCUGGGCUUUUUCUGGUUGGAAUUAUCUCAAUUUCCUAACUGGGGAAGUAAAAAAUCCUGCAAGGACUCUUCCAAUUGUGAUUGUCCUUUCGCUUACAACAGUUACACUCAUAUACAUUUUAACGAAUGUAGCCUACCUUGCAGUAUUAUCACCUACAGAAGUUCUCGCUUCAGGUGAUGGAUCUGCUGCUAUAGCUGUGAGUUUUGCAACAAGAUGUAUGGGCUAUUUUGGCUUGGUAAUGCCAGUCCUUGUGGGCGCCUCUGUAUUCGGAAGUAUAAACGGUGAGGUAUUUUCCAUUUCUCGAUUGGCAUUUACUGCUGGAGAGGAAGGACAUAUGCCUGCUUUACUUUCAAUGGUUAACAUUGAACGUCUAACUCCAAUUCCCUCAGUGUUAUCUGUGGUGAUUUUAGCUAUUACUUACCAAAUGUUCGACGAUGUAUUCUAUUUAAUCGAGCUAACAGGGUUUGCUUUCGCCGUCAUUUCCGCAAUGGCUGUUGGUAGCUUACUACACAUUCGUCGAACAAAUCCUGGAAUGAAUACAUCUGGAUUUCGGUUACCAAUAUGGGUCCCUGUGUUGUAUCUGGUUGUCGACAUUGCUAUUGGAAUACUAACAGUAUAUCAGUCUCCGAAAUCCUCUGCUGUUAGUUUAGGUGUGAUGGCAUUAGGCAUACCGGUGUAUCUUUUUGGAGUAUCGUGGAAGAACAAGCCGAAAUCCAUGGAAUCGCUAAUAUAUCGAGUCACAGUUACUCUGCAGAAAGUUUUAAAAGUUGUUGUACAAGAAACUGCUUCUGACACUGUAAAAGAAAAUGAUAAUCACAUGAAAUCUGCUGCACCAUCAUCUCCUCAACUUUCUUGGGGUGAUACAAAAUAAUCCUGAUGAUGUGAUGAUGAUGACAAGGGAUCGGGAGAAAAGAAUUUCUAUAAUGUGUGCCGUUUAUUUAUUAACAACCCGAACUGCUGAUACACACUACUGUCACUGUGUUUGUUUUUUUAUACUUUUGAUAUUCUAUUCGUAUGUAAACUGAUUCAACAACCCUGUGUAACCUUCCAUCUUAUCAUCACCAAAGCUUGCACCAUUCUCAUCGCCAGCCUUUUUUACGCUUCCUCUUCUUGUUCCGCCUCCGUCUCUACUCCGCCUCCAGCUUAAACGCCGCCUUUGUGACAUUAUGGCUUAUCUUUUCGCACUUUUUUAUUUUGUGAAUUAUACAUGUGUAAUAAUUGCAUAACGAUGACUACAACAGAGACCUUAUUCCCCGUUUUCGCUUAAAUCCAGUAUGAUUAUUAUUAUUAGUAUUAUUAUUGUAUUACUUUAUUGCCCAAUUAUGCUCCACAUUAGUCUUACAUAGCACCCACCCUCCCUCCUGCACGCCUCCCCUAUCUUUUUAAUGGGACCAUAGAUACACCACAUACAUGUGGGCGCAUGCAUAUAAUAAUUUUGUUUAUUGAAUUUUGAGAACAGACAUCGAUGUAUUCAUAUUUAAAACUGUCAACUUUAUUUCAACGAAGGUAUAAAAUAUAUGUAGACGACUUUGUACUAUUGUCAAAAAUAUUUGAAUAUCCUUUAUGCUUG